GAUACAACUGAGACCCAACAUAAACUCUCACUUCCGGUUACACAUAUAACCCAUAUUGAACAUAAACAAUAUCAAAUAUCGCUGAUACGUAUUUAUGCCUGUUUUCUUCGCUUUUAUAAGACAAAAUACCGCUUUAGAGGUUACUGGUUUCGGUUAUAUCUCGUUUAGAAGACAAAGCUCACAAACGUUUGGCUGCAAUUGAUAAUCGACAGAACUUAAUUAAACUUAUGGAAAUGCUACACGAAAACUACGUCGAGGAGUUCUCUCGUGAACGACUAAUGGAAGACAUACGACAGUACCCUUGCAUUUACGACAAGUACGACAAAGACUAUCCAGACAAGAACGCCAAAAACAAUGCCUGGUCGGCCAUAGCAGCGAAGUAUGGUAUCACCCCAGCAGAUGCGGAUAAAAAGUAUAAAACAAUGCGUAGUUCUUAUACCAGGUAUUUAAAGAAAAAACGAAAUACGCCGCCAGGAGCCAAAGUGCCGCCCCUACCUUUGGCGUUUGUAAACUUAGACUGGCUUGCCAGUCACAUCGACCACAAGGAGACGUCUGUGAAAUAUGCAGUCAAUGAAGCUAAAGAUGAUUUUUAUAGUGAUUACAUGACAGACGGAGAGGAUGCGUACCACAGCAGUUAUGGUGAAAUAAUGCGAGAAGAGAACAAUUCAGGCGAUCUGAUAGAAGUACCUAGCUCAAAUAUAGCCAGUCGCGCACGAGAUAGCUUAAAACCAGAGCAAGCGACAAGUCGUCAUGUAAUGGAAAGUUUAAAACCAACGACGACCAGAAGCCAAACACCUCAUGUAAAGGACAAUCUUCGACCCGACCCUUUGCCGACACCACACGUAACGACACCUGAAUAUCAAUCGAUUCGAGCCACUUCUCCGCCUGUUAACAAUCAUAGCAAUCUCGUGUCUAGCACACAAACCCCCCAAGCAAACUGUCCGAAAACCAUCACAAUGUACUACAACACACCAAACGACUCGCCUAGUGACACCGUGUUUAAUCUCAUACCCUUGGAGUCGGUAAAGCCUACAACAACGACGCCACCACUGUCGUCGGAAAGUAACGGAAAACGAAAACGGAUCGAGUGCGACGACGAAGAUGAAUUGUUUUUCCUGAGUCUCGUACCAACUCUUAAGAGACUGGGCCCGAGGAAUAAGACCAUUGCUAAAAUGAGAAUUCAACAAGUCCUAUUUGACUUGGAGUUCCCCGAAAGUGGGUAGAAUUUGAAACGCUUCGGUCGAACUAUGCGGGGUGACAGGCGUAAGGUUGGAACGAUUGUUAAUUCAUAUUUUCUUUUUUGAACGAACAUAACAAGAUGCCGUUUAACCGUGUCUUUUUACAGCAUAUUAACAACAACAUUGUGAAAUGAAUCUCGCCAGAUACUAUUUUAGAUUAUGUUGUUCAAAGCGUUUGUAUAGGCAGCGACAUUUUUAUUUGACAAUUCUACGUUGCAAAAUAGACCACUUGCAUUAUGACGUCACACGCACAGUUGCAACACACGGCAUCCAUUUCGUUUGAAAGCAAGUUACAGCCUCCUCCCGUCAUGAAUCACGGGGACUCAUGCGUGUGACGUCAUAAUGCAAGUGGUCUAUUGCCAUCAUGCCUCUGUGUAUGUCUGCUCUGUACACAUAUUAUACUUUUUGGUAAAAAUACUUCUUGCGCAGCUUCACUAACAACAGACGCGUACACGGUAGCUAAUUACCGUCUGGCUAACUACCAUUGCUGCCCCCCCCCCGUACGAAACAACCCUCGAUCCAUCCCUGCAGUGCAUGCCCAGCAAGUGCUACAGCGAUCUUUGGACAGAUUUAGUUGUACGUUGGAUAUUAGAAGUAGGAUACGUCAGCGUCGCUUCAUAUUACUUCAUCUUACAAAUCAGCGGAGAAAAAUAAAAACUCUUACCGAUAGAGGGAAUAGAUUUUUUGAAUAAAAACAGAUCAGGAAAU